AUGAAUCGGAGAAAUUGUAGUCGAAUACACAUUUGUAAUUGGUUUAGUGGUUCAAAGAUGUCACGGAAUUAUAAAGAAAAGUACGAGGUCAAUAAUGCGAGACGAAGUCACACUUUUAUGUCGGCUGAUGAUGUGGCUGCUGGUAAAAAGUCAUUUUGGCAAGAGUUGGAGAUAACAGGAUCGAUUAGGAACCUAAGUUCAAAUUUGUGGCAACUUUCGUUCCUCACAUCUUUGUACCUGAAUGACAAUUGCCUUUCUCGUCUCCCCGGCGACAUUGCCAAGCUGACCAAUUUGCGAACUCUCGAUUUAUCUAAUAACAAAUUACGUAGUUUACCCGCAGAGUUGGGCGAGCUCAUCUACCUCAGGGAGUUAUUAUUGAAUAACAAUUAUCUCCGCGUGCUUCCGUACGAACUCGGAAAACUUUUUCAUCUGCACGUUCUGGGGUUGCACGGAAAUCCUCUGAAUAAAGACGUUUUGGCUCUCUAUGGCGAACCGAACGGAACGCAAAAACUACUAACCUACAUGUUGGAUAAUCUAAGAGUUUUUUAA